AUGGCUGCGAUGAACGGAAAGGCAUUGGGUAAAUGUGGAAGGAACAUAAAUAGUCUCAAGAGAAAGCGGGAGAGUCCCGCUGCAUAUGAUACUGACGUAUUCCGCACCUCUGAAUUGCAUCAGCACCCUGUCAAUGAUUCUGCUGUUAGGUUUCAUGUUGAUCAAGACCGCAAGGCAAAGAUCGUGUGCCACUUCAACAAGCAGGUUUUGCAGAGCUAUAAGAACUUCAUGAGUAGUGCACCACCUAAGCGUAUUUUGCUUCGCAAAGACACAAAGACAGGUCUUCAGAGGCCUAUUGCUUGGAUCGAUGAAAAUGGAAAGCACUACUUCCCGGAAUCAUUUAUGCAAGAUCAGAAAUUAUUUAUCAAGAAAGAUUUUGGCAACGGAAAUCCUGAGUACAUUAGUGUUGAGCCAAAUGGGACACGAGAAAUGAAUGACCAGCUUGGAACAUCAGAAAGUUCUGCAGAAAGCUCAAACUUUGAUUCAAGUACUGAAGAUGUUUCCAGUCCUAAGAGAGCUAGGGCUGAAAAGAAUUCCAUCAUAAAAAAUUACUGUGAUAUGGGAGAAGCUAUUGGAGAAAAUGAGCCAUGCACUUUGUUGCCUACAGUCUGUAACCUACUACCACACCAAGCUAAUCUGGGUGAGGUAUCACGUGCUCAGCGCACUAUUGAAGCCGUGGAGAAGCUGUUCUUGCAGGGGAUGGGUUCAGUUAUUGAAUCCAAGGACAUUAUUGGAAUCUUCAGGACUCCAUUAUUGGAUGACCACAAACAAGUCCGUUACCAUAUUCACCAAAAGCAAGUACAGGUUACCGGAUGUCAUCGUGGAAAUGCAAAUGUCCGUUAUGCAUGGCUUCCUUGCUCCAAAAGCACUGUGCAUGAAAUGAUGCUGAAUGGUGUUUUACAAGUUCAUAAGCCGCCCAUUAAGUGUGCAGCCUAUGGAGAGGGCACCCUCCUUACACCAGCAAAUCGUUCUGAUGCCUGUGUGAAAUACUCUGAUGUUGAUGAAAAUGGCAUUGUCCAUAUGAUGUUGUGCCGUGUUAUAAUGGGGAACGUAGAAAUAGUUCACCCUGGAUCUAAUCAGCACCGACCUAGUAGUGACUAUUUUGAUAGUGGAGUAGAUGACCUUAAAAACCCACAACAUUACAUUGUGUGGGAUAUGAAUAUGAAUAGGCACAUCUAUUCUGAGUUUGUAGUCAUCGUCAAAUUGCCUUCUAAAACCAAAGAUUCCUUCGUUACGCAAGAAGACUGUCAGAAUUCAUCUGAUCUGUCACUGGUGUUGAAUUCUAGUUCACCCGACUGUAUUUCAGAGGAGAUGAACCUGGAGACACCUCCAGCAUUGGGAGGUGGAUGUGCAGCCCCCAUGCUAGGAGAUUCGAUGGAAAAGGCUCCAAGCUCACCUUGGAUGCCUUUCUCCAUGUUGUUUGCAGCGAUCUCUACUAAAGUGUCUCCUGAGAAUAUGGACAUGGUUAUUAGUUGCUAUGAAGAGUUUAAGAUCAAGAAAAUAAGCCGAGGUGAACUUGUAAAGAAGCUGAGGCAUGUAGUUGGUGAUAGAGUGCUAAUAUCGACGAUAAUGCGUCUCCAAGAUAAGUUACCUCCAGUGGAGAGGCGUGAGGCACUGGACGCAUCAGCAGCGAAGAUGGUGGCGAAACCGUGA